UCUUUUCAUGGACUAUUAUUCUAGUUAGCAUUGUGAUAUAAUAAUUAGAAGGCCAACUAUGAAGUCUGAAAAUUAUAGGUUCAUCAAUAUUUGUGAUACAUAUUGGGUAGUAUCAUUACUGGUGAAUCAUUUAUAAAUGACAUAUGAGAUGCUGAUAUUAUUCAUAAGAUGGAGGAUAAGUCCACACUGGGUAGUUUUCAAUAUCAGUGAAAUCACUUCAGUAACUCCACUUGACUAGAAGUUACAUUCUCAUUCAGAAAAAUAAUUGCUUCAUUUUUGAAAGCAAGAUUGGGUCAAAUGAAAUAUUUCUUUUGUGUUUAGGGAAGCUCUAAGACUUCUGAGUCUAUCCAUCUUCCUUACAGAUAGUAAUAUCGGCUAGCUUCACUAACAACUAAUUUGUCUGGCAUAUUAAAUGAAACUUCUUUUAUUAUUCUCCUAUUCAAGAUAAUAAGUAUAGCUACAAUCAUGAACAAUUGGACAACGUUUUUGGUUUAUGCUUCUAUUUAAGAUAACAAAUAUAGCUGCAAUCUUGCAAAAUUUGACAAAGGGUAGAUGUCAAAGUGACAUUCGACUAAAGCUUUGCUUUUCAAUAAAUUCAAUAAGCAUUUAUUGAUGCAUAAGUUAGAGGCAUUUAAAAUGUAAAAAGAAAGAAAAAAACCCCAAAAGGACAAAGUCUUAAGUUUCCUAAAGCUGAUGAUCUAGUAAAUAAAAAAAAAAAAUAAGAGUGUGGAAGAGAAUUUCUGCGAUCCUUUUUUCAAAUGAAAAUAAAAGAAUCUUAAGUUCAUUUUCAUUAAGAAGGAAUGUGGAAGAAUAUGCUGUCUUUUUCUGUGUACCACAAUUCAGAAAUACCAUAUUAGUGAAUAAAAUCAAGAGACUCAAAGAAAGAGGAAUUGAGAGGCGCAAGACAAUAUGGAAAAAAUACAAUUGAUGCGGCUCAACACUUAAUUUCAGACUUACCUAAAUUACCACAAGGUGACGCUCUCGGUUCAAAUAAAUUCUGCAGGCACGAACUCGCCGCUCUUCUCACGGUUUUAAGGACACUGCAUUGAGACUUCACCAAGCAUCCAUGUUUUUAAAUCCAUAUCACUGGAAACUAGCGAACACUGUAUGUCGCUUCCAAAGAAUCUUGUUUUAGUAUAAACUGCAAACCACGAAGGAGAGAAUUAGAUAUAUUCUUUGUUUAUAAUGGGAUUUUCUGAGGUAGGCGGUCUGAAACUCCAGCAGCUGAUCCUUUCGUUUCUUCUCCACACAUUCUGGGAGGUAGGGAGUGGCCAGGUCCAUUACUCGGUGCCGGAGGAAGCUAAACACGGUACGUUUGUGGGUCGCAUCGCGCAAGAUCUGGGUUUGGAGGUUGGGGAACUGGUGCCUCGGUUGUUCCGGGUGGUGUCCAAGGGCCGUAAGGACUACUUGGAAGUAAACGCACAGAACGGCAUUUUGUUUGUGAAUUCUCGGAUUGAUCGUGAGGAACUGUGCGGCCGCAGGCCUGUUUGUAGCAUCCACCUGGAGGUGAUCGUGGACAAACCUUUGCAGGUUUUCCAUGUGGAGGUGGAGAUCAAGGACAUUAAUGAUAAUGCUCCUAUGUUUCCUGCCUCAGAACAAAGGCUGUUCAUAUCUGAAUCUAAACAGCCUGACUCUCGAUUUCCGCUAGAGGGUGCCUCAGAUGCAGAUAUCGGAGUGAAUUCUCUCUUGACCUACGGACUCAGUCCUAAUGAAUAUUUUAUUUUGGAAAUGCAAACGAGUAGUGAGCAAAGUAAAGCUUUGUCACUUUUGUUAAGAAAAUCUUUGGAUAGAGAAGAUACUGCUGAGAUUGAUCUGUUACUAACCGCCACUGACGGGGGCAAACCGGAACUCACCGGUACAGUACAAUUAAAGAUUUCGGUGUUAGAUGUAAAUGAUAAUGAUCCUGAGUUUGAUCAGUCAGAAUACAAGGUGAAAUUAUUGGAAAACGUUGCAAACGGCACAUUUAUAGUAAAGGUCAAUGCUACGGAUAGGGACGAAGGAAUAAAUAAAGUUUUACAAUAUUCAUUGCGUUCGAUAAAACCAAAGGGAAAUGACUUGUUUAGGUUAAAUGAAAAUACAGGUGAAAUUAGAAUAAAUGGAAAUUUGGAUUUCGAGGAAAAUAAAUUCUAUGAACUUCAGGUAGAGGCGAACGAUAAAGGAAUCCCUCCGAUGGUGGGUCACUGCAGGGUUUUGGUGGAGGUCCUAGACAUCAACGACAACGCUCCAGAGGUGGUCGUGACGUCGCUCUCUCUGCCAGUUCGUGAGGAUGCCCCACCAGGCACAGUCAUAGCUCUCAUCAGCGUGUUUGAUCCUGAUUCAGGCGCCAACGGGGAGGUGACUUGCUCGCUGUCUCCUCCGGGGCCCUUCACGCUGGUGUCCACCUUCAGAAAUUACUACUCUCUACUGCUGGACGGCACUGUGGACCGGGAGAGCAUCUCAGUCUAUGAGCUAGUAGUGACUGCGAGGGAUGGGGGUACUCCAGCUCUUCGGGCCACAGCCAGAAUUUCUGUGGGCAUUGGCGAUGUGAAUGACAAUGCGCCAGCCUUCGAGCAGCCUUUGUACACUGUGUUCGUGAGGGAGAACAACCCACCGGGGCAUCAUAUCUUCACAGUAUCCGCAUCGGACCCUGAUGCUCAGGAGAACGCGUUAGUAUCUUACUCAUUGGUGGAGAGGAGGGUGGGAGAGCGUCCUCUGUCGAGCUUCGUGUCUGUGCACUCAGAGAGUGGAAAAGUGUAUGCCUUGCAACCCCUGGACCACGAGGAGCUGGAGCUGCUGCAGUUCCAGGUGAGCGCUCGCGACUCUGGCUUCCCUCCACUGAGCAGCAACCUGAGUCUGCAGGUGUUUGUGCUGGACGAGAAUGACAACGCGCCGGUUGUGCUGCCGCCUUACUCCGGCGUUAGCCCAGUUACCGAGUUAGUGUCGCAGUCAGUGACUGUGGGCCAUGUAGUGGCCAAGAUUAGGGCUGUGGAUGCAGAUUCUGGGUAUAAUGCCUGGCUCUCUUAUGAGCUGCUUCCAAAAGUGGGCGUUGAACACAGCCCUUUCCGAGUGGGUCUGUAUACUGGAGAGGUCAGCACAACUAGGGCCCUGGAGGAGUCGGAUGGACUGAAACAGAUAUUGCUAGUGCUAGUAAAAGACCAUGGAGAACCUAUGUUAUCUGCCACAGCUACAGUAAGUUUGUCACUUUUGGAGAGUGGUCAGGCCCUUCAGACGUCUUCUGGGGUAGCUAGACAGCCAGCAGCUUCAUCCAUUGUCAAGGGAACAACUCUAGUGAAUGUGAACGUGUAUUUGAUCAUAGCCAUCUGUUCUGUGUCCAGUUUGUUGGUACUGAGCCUACUGCUAUAUGUCAUGCUUCGAUGCUCUACACCAACACAGGACAUAUACGGGCCUGGGAAGCCCACUCUGGUAUGUUCAAACGAGGCAGGAAGCUGGUCGUAUUCCCAGCAGCAGCGGCAGAUUUGUUCUGGAGAAGGAACUGGCAAGAAUGACCUCAUGGCCUUCAGCCCUAACCUUCCUCUAUGUCCAGUACCUUCAGAUAGAGAACAGCAAGAGGCCAAGAAGGAACCUUUAGGCAAGGUGAGUCUUUUAUAUUCCAGCAAUACUUACACAAAACAUUGUAGCAAGUUGGUUUUUAUCAUUUUAAAUUCCUUCCUUCUCUUGCUUCUCAUCUUCUUGAUCUUGUCCUUGUUUUUCUUCUCAAGCUGUUGUCAUUCACACAAAUGUUUCAUAAAGAAUCUACUCAAAUACUUUAUUUCCUUUUUAAGAGUAAGCAUUCUGUGA